AGUAUAAACAAAUAAGAAGAAGAAGAAGAAGACUACAAUCCCCACAGUGCUUUGCGAAGGACCGCGUUGCCUUCGUGCGCGCACAGCAUUGUGGGGUUUGUAGUCCAUUCCCAAGCACGCAACGCCGCGUAUCUCCCGACUUCAGACAGCAAAGCACGACUGAGCAUUAAAAACAAACACACACUAAGCGCGAUAUUUUUUGAGGGGUCGGAUUUAGGAAACACACGAGGUGUUUAUUUGGUCCGACUGACGGCAUUCCGGUUAAUAUCGUAUUUUAUUUUUAAUUUUAUUUUUUUCUGGGGGGGAAUAAAGCGGUCGCGGCCUGCGGUUUGUUUUGAAUCCCCGGUCUCGAUUUGUGGCGACGCCUCUAGAUAUCGAUUCUCAAGCCGCAAAGAAAAAAAAAAAAAAAAAAAAAAAAAAGAAAAGGGGGCGGGGGGGCGGUUUUUGUUUUGUUGUUUUGUGACAAAAAAAAAAAGCCACCGCGCUGAUAUACUAACUUAACAAAGAUAAACUACAAUUCAAAUCGCCACAGUUAAAAAAAAAAGAACAUUAAUAAGCAACAAUCGCUUUUUACUUCAGCCAAAUUAAAUAAACUAAUCAACGAAAAAUGAUAAUUCCCAAGAUAGAAGAAACGCACGAUCGCCAGCUUGAUAAUUAGGUAUAUUUUAAAAGUAUUGAUUUUGUUUUUGGCGAGCGUUCCUGUAAUUGAAUCAGUACUAAAGUUUCUUUUUAUUUAUUUAUUUGUGUUAUUAUUUAAUUAAACUAGCGUGCUGAGAUGUCUUUAGUUGCUUACGCCAGCAGUGACGACAGCGAUUCGGAAGAUCCCUCCACUGCGAGUAAACCUCUGGCCGGGACGAAAAAAGGGGGGUUUUUCUCCAGCCUCCCCGCUCCUAAAAACCCAAAUCCGGAAUCGCAGAGACUAGUCCUGGGUGGGUUUAACGUCCCGCCCUGCAAGCAGUCCGGUAGCCUCCCGCCGCCCAGAGAGGGCACCGGAAAACCCUGGAGCCCGCAGCCGGUCCCCAAGCCCAGCUCACCGCUUGAUCCGGAUUGCAACCCUGGCGAAUCCAAACUCGGUCUCCCAGCCCCGAAGAUCGGCCACUUCGGCUUGAGUCUGCCUCCCCCUGUAAGCGGGGGAGGUUUAAAUUUAGCCAGACCCAAGAAGAGGGCAGAACCUGUGAAAAUCACCAUACCUGAAAUUCACCAAGGAGGGCCCGACUCCGAUGAAGAUGAACCCGUGCGAAAGAAAGGGCCAGCGCAGGCUCCAGGAUUGGGGCUUUCCUCCUUGUUGCCCCAGCCUCGUAACAUGACCAUCAAGGAGACGCAUCGCCCCCUAGUGCCCCACACACUCACCAAACGCAAACCUGAGCCCAGAGCCUCUGCCAGGACCACGGCAACAGCAGCUUCCAGCGUCAGCUCCUCCCCAUCUGCUAUCAAAGCCGCCGCCAAGUUCGCUGCGCUCCAGCUGGCUCGGCAAAUGGCCCAGGAGGAGGAGGAGGAGGAGGAGGGCAGCGACGAAGACCUGGAGCCCAAAAACUACUUCUCCCUGCCCGAGAGGGGCUCCCCCCUCCCUGAGCCGGACCCCGUGGUCCCCCCCGGCACGGAGCCUCCCCUGGGCUCUUUCCAGUCCGACGCGCCGCUGGAUUUCGGUUCGGCUUCCGCUAACUGGAGCCACCAGCAGGGGGAGCAGUACUACUCUCCGUACCCCGAGGCUGCAGGACCGAACCCCAGUCAAGAGGGUUACUAUCAGGAUUAUUACAGCAGUGGGGUUGAAGACUCGGAUCCAGCAUUGCCUCAAUCUGCAGCGUCUGGAUCCUCCUCCCUGAUCGACGACGAAGCGUUCCGACGGCUCCAGGGAAAACGCAACCGCGGGAAAGAGGAGGUGACCUUCCUGGAGAUCAAGGGAGACGACCAGCUCAGUGGGAACCAGCAGUGGCUGACCAAGGGAAUCACAGAGGAGAAAGAACAACGCAAGUCCUUCAGCAAGAAAAAAGGGGACCAGCCGACUGGACAGCAGAGACGAAAACACCAGAUCACUUACCUGAUACACCAGGCUAAAGAGCGUGAGCUGGAGCUGAAGAACUCGUGGGCUGAGAACAAGCUGACCCGGAGACAGACUCAAGCCAAAUACGGCUUCUAGUGUCCGGCAGGGUCACGGGGGGGGGGGGGGGGGGGGGGGGGGGGGGCUGCCCUUUCCAUAGAGGAGAGCAGGCUAGGAAACUGCAUCCAUUUGGGCUCCCGCGGUCAGGAUCACCUGGUAAAGUCUAGGGCAGGUAGAUCCGAAAUGGCGGAGAGGCAGGGAGACUGUUUCAUAACCUGCUCUGCUCCCUGGAGCUGAACUGACUCGAAGACAACUGGUCGACAUUUUCGUCAUAACCUUUACUGUGUAACCUGGAAUGUACCAAGUCUUUGAACGAGGUGGGGGGGCAGGAAUGUGAAACCCCUCUUGUUUUACUUGUAGUGCCCCGUUGUUUGGUUUGUGUGUUAGUUGGUAUAUGCGACCAGCAGGGGGAGCCACUGGUGUUUGGUCAUUCUCUCUCUGGAGUUAUUUUACAUAAAUAUUUAAAUGCUUAUCUGAAAAAAGAAAACAGUAAAUGCUAAAUAAUAAAAUGUUUUUUUAAUGUACAAUUUUUUUUAAAAAGCAUUUUCACCAUCAAUGAAUUAUCAAAAAAAAAAAAAAUGAUAGAUGUGUGAAACAUCCCCUUUCUUGCACUGCUCAGAUCUUUAGCGGAAAUCUGUUUCCAAUCUUUGAUGAAGCUGUCGUCUUUUCUCAUUGAAGACGUUUGAAAGAAAGCGUGCGGCUCCGUGCAGUGAGCGUUCAAUCAUUUAGGAGGAAAACUGAACCGGCUGCCGGGUUCCUGAAUGCAACAGGCAGGGCGUCAAUCAGGCAAAUGCUCGCUGGGUUUAUCUUUAAAUGAUAUAAAAAAAGAUGUAUAUUUGCUCUAUUGUUUCAGACAAUGAGGAUUGAAUACAGCCGCCUUUGUAAUCUUUUACUGCCCUGCAAGGCUGUGGGCGCAGUCCAGGAUAGGGUUCGAUCUUCAUACAGCCCUUAACCAGUCAGAGUGAGCGAAAAUAACAUUGCAAGGGAAAUGUAAAGAUAUGUGUGUAUAUAUAUAUAUAAUUACAUUUUGAUUUUUGUUUAUAAAGGAAUAAACACUUAAGCUGAAAAGUGACACACAA